CUCUGGCUGCGCAGGAACAGCUGGUGCUUCUGAAGGCGGCGGACUGGCGGGCGGGCGUGGGGUGUUGGUGGUGGCGGGGCAACGCUGAGGGAGCAGCCUCGGCCGCCACCGCCUUGCACCAUUGCACCAUGUCGGGGCAGCUGGAGUGUUGCGAGCGCGAGUGGCACGAGCUGGAGGGAGAAUUUCAGGAACUGCAGGAGACCCACAGGAUCUACAGGCAGAAGCUGGAGGAGCUGACAGCACUGCAGGCCUUGUGUAGCAGUUCCAUCCACAAGCAGAAGAGGCGGCUCAAGGACUUGAAGCACACGCUCCAGAGGUACAAGCGCCAUGCCAGUCAGGAGGAGACAGAGCUGGUCCAGCAGAUGAGUGCCCACAUUAAGGAGCGGCAGAAUGUCUUCUUUGACAUGGAAGCCUACCUGCCCAAGAAGAAUGGGCUCUACUUGAAUCUGGUCCUUGGUAAUGUGAAUGUGACCCUCCUCAGCAACCAGGCCAAGUUUGCCUACAAGGAUGAGUAUGAGAAGUUCAAGCUCUACCUGACUAUAAUCCUGCUCCUGGGAGCUGUGGCAUGUCGCUUUGUCCUUCACUACAGGGUGACGGAUGAAGUUUUUAACUUCCUGCUGGUGUGGUAUUACUGCACCCUGACGAUCCGGGAGAGUAUUCUCAUCAGCAACGGCUCGAGAAUUAAAGGCUGGUGGGUGUCUCACCAUUAUGUCUCUACGUUCCUGUCUGGAGUGAUGCUGACCUGGCCCAAUGGACUAAUUUAUCAGAAGUUUCGCAAUCAGUUUUUAGCAUUCUCAAUUUUUCAGAGCUGUGUCCAGUUCCUACAGUAUUAUUACCAGAGGGGCUGCCUCUACAGGUUGCGAGCCCUGGGUGAGAGGAAUCACCUGGACCUCACUGUGGAAGGAUUCCAGUCCUGGAUGUGGCGAGGCCUCACCUUCCUCCUCCCUUUCCUCUUCUGUGGCCACUUCUGGCAGCUCUACAAUGCUGUCACGCUCUUUGAGCUCUCCAGCCAUGAAGAAUGCAGAGAAUGGCAGGUGUUCGUGCUGGCUCUCACCUUCCUCGUCCUCUUCCUUGGCAAUUUCCUGACCACGCUCAAGGUCGUGCACACCAAACUCCAGAAGAACAGAAACAAGUCGAAGAAGCCAUGAGUCUUGGACUUGACUGCAUUCAAGGUUGGGUGCGCCAAAUUCCAGAAGAACAGAAAUGAGAUGAAGAAGCCGUGAGCAUCUCAACUUGUGUGCCCCUGGAGUCCCGGACUUUGAGACUACUGGGGAUUCCUGUUGGCACCCUGGAUGCCCGUCACUGGUGGCCAAGGGCAGUAGCAUCUCAGGGGCCAGUGGCAUUGCUGGGAACAGGGCUGAGGCCCCCCUCCCAAGCAGGACAUGAGGAAUGUGAAGCCCACCUCUCUGCACAGUAUUAGUCUCCCUAUUUAUGACAUAUUUAAUACCGGGUCCUCCCAACUUCCCUGGAAUCUGAGGCCUUCCCUGCUGCUCUCAGCAAUAGCCGAGACUGGGUCAGUCUUCCUAGGGGUGGGGCCCAAAUCCUCAGGGAGCCCCUUUGUCCCCACCCCUGUCAUUUGAACCCCCUCACGAAGGGGUUUGGAUGUGCCUCGCAGGGGUUGGACUUAUGCUGACUUGCUGCUUACAGCACCCCAGGCGCAGGGUGGAAUGAAACCUUCCAGCAUCCUGUGGAGCCCCCUCCCCUGGGCCCCAGCUGCCCCCGCUGUAAGCCCCCUCCGCGGCCCCCCGCCCUCAGUGAUGGGGGAUUAUUUAAGUUCUCAGAGAACCACUGCCUGUGUUUGUCUCAAGUCUUUUGUGCUUCCGGAGUCACCUGCCUGCUGGUCCUUGGGAAAGUGGCCUUGCCUCCCUGAGACCUGAGGGCUCCGCCCCCUUGGAGUCACUGGGAGGGCUAGUCCUAGUGUGGGAGGGUUUAAGAGGUUGGCCACUAGAGGGCGCACCAGCCUCUGAGUUGUUCGAGUGGCCCAGGACUUUGAUACUGGAAGUACCAGGCCAUCCUUCAGGGUUUCCUGACCCCCUCCCUCAGCCCACCUUCCCAAGUGUACUACAAGUACUCAGGGCCUAGGAGCCACACACACAGCGCUGGCUGGGACUUAAGCCAUCUCGGAGAUGGCCCAUUCCCCACCUCCCUCAGAGGUUCUGUAAUAUGUGAGAAAGGGGACAAUCUGAGCAGGCUCACUCCCAGAGGCCAGCCUGUGAGGCCAGAGCUGCUGUAUGGGUACCCGGCCAGAUCUGUAGUGGGGAGGGUGAAGAAGCCAGCAGAUUCAGUUCAGUGCCUGUCCCUGCCCACCUAUGCACAGGCUUUAGCUGCCUUUGACCAUUUCCCUACACAUCCACUCAGACCAGACCGCAUAGCUGGUACCCACAGACACGCUUCCAUUGGCUUUCAGAGGUUUGUCUGUGUGUCUUGUGUCUGUGUGUGUAAGGGGUUGAAUCCAGUGCCUCACACAUUCUAGGGUAGCACUCUACCACAGAGCCACAUCCCCAGCCCUUUUUUAAAAAAAGAAAAUUUAAAUUUGUUCUAAUUAGUUGUACAUGACAGUAGAAUGCAUUUUGACACCUUGUACAUAAAGGGAACACAAAUUUUCCUUCCUUUGUCACACCAGUAGUGUAAUGAUACCUGUAUGCAGGGUAAUAAUGUCUGUCUCAUUGUAUAUCAUCUGUCUCAGCCCUACCCCUACCCUCACUCCCCUCUGCAUAAUACAAAGUUCCUUCAUUCUC